GGUUAGAACAAAUGGGAUUUUUUUCCAUCCCAGCUGUAGGACUGCAUUCAGGGGCAAGUUAAAUUCUGUUUACAGUGCCAAUGAUACACAUAAAAUGCAAAGAAAUAGUUCUUAGCGCAGGAAAUACAUUUAGGAUUCAAUGGGCGAAGGUAAUUUUCCUGUUGUGUAUCGCUCACACGCUAUCGCCUGUAAAUCUAGUUUGAAUACUCUCGAUCUCUUCCUUUGAUGGUUUAAGUGAUCUCGCCUAAUUUCAGAAACAAACGAUGCUUUUCACAGCUGAGAAAUUGUAUCGAAAGAUUCUAUUAUUGCACAUCACAGGAAUGUUUGUUGGUACAAUAUAUUGUUGUUAACCCCAGAACAUAAGCAUGGCCAUACUGGGUCAGACCAAAGGUCCAUAAAGCUCAGUAUCCUGUCAAUACCAGGUGCUUCAGAGGCAAUGAACAGAACUGAUGGUUGCUUUUUUUUUUUUUUUUUUUUAAAGUCAGGCUUUCCUUUUGCUAAACUGACAAAUCACUCGAUGCAUAUUUAUCAAUGCAGGGGGAAAGAAAGGUUAGUGUGGUAAAUAUCUUUGAACAGAGAUCGCGUGGAGAUUUAUAGUUCAUCUAAUACCGUGUAUGUCAUGCAUGUAGACAGAAUAAUUUAGAGUCCCCUCUUCGCCCCCCCCCCCCAUCGUGUGUGUGAAUUAAAUAUACAUUUUUCGGAUGAAAAGAUUUAAAUGCAUUUUAAAAAAAAAAUCAACUUUUAUAAUCAUCUAACACUUCGUAGAAAGGCAAACAUUUAAAAUGCAACUAAAGAUGGUCCCUUUUUUGACUGUAAUAAACUAGGUUUGAGAUUGACAAGAAAUGUUUAUUUCUCCUCCUAAACAUAAAGCAGGUUAAAGAGGGGAGCUCUAAAUAAUGAGGCAAGGAAAUCCAUGCACUGUCCCUUUAACUAUGGAACAUCUGAUUCCUUCAUCUGGCAGAUGGUCUUUGAGCACAGAUUUGCAUUCAUUGUCUUGAAAUCUGUUUUCGCGUUGGUGUUAUAUAGAUUUCAGGGGAAGAUCUAUGCACAGAUCAGAAUACAAAAGAGCCAGGAAGAAAAUAACGCCAAGCCAAAAAGAUUUUUUUGUUUGUUUGUUUGUUUUUUAAAAAAGGAACCACUCUCUGGUUCGUGGAUGAAUAUAGCUGUGUCCUGUCAGCGGCUACAUUUUUUGCCUAGAUGCAACGCAAUAAAAAGUUUGAAGGGACGAUUUCAGAGCUCUGGUGUCGUGUGAAAUUGUGGAUGCAUUUUAUGGAUUGGAUAGGUGUGGAGCUCUCUCUUUCUCCCUCGCUGACGCGCACAAUCUGUCCCCAACCCCGCAAGUUUAUAGAGAGCACCUUCCAGUGCCCCCAGAGCCAGAUAUUUGGAUUAGAUCCUGUUAAGUUUUCGCUGAUAAUCUCGCUAACAGUGCUCCUAAAACAGUAGGAGUAAUAAGACUUUCCAGAUUUUCAAAAAAGGACGUUUGCUUUAUUGUUUGUUUGUUACAAAACUCAUCAUCUGAUGGCAGGGACACACAUACGAUAAGGCUCCUAGAAAUUUUCUCUCUCUCUCUCUUCUUUUUUUUUUUUUUUUUUUUUUAAGAAUAAGAGGAUAAUACCCUAGCCUGAGUGGGUUCCCAUCUGAGGUUAACAAAUUGAAAGCGAAGUAAUUUUGGGAAGGAACUUACUCAACAAUCAGAAAAGUCUGAGGACUUUUGCUUCUCUGCCCACUUUCCCAUUGGCAAUUGUUGGUAGCCCGGAGCUGGAGUUAUGAGUGUGUAUCCGCUUGAUAAUUGUCUGCACUCCUCCAAUCGGGUGAGCCUAUGCAAAUCGAGCCCCCUAAUAUGGAAAUCGGCCCCGCCCCCUCGCCCGUCGCUUUUCUCCCGGUGCUGUAACCCAUUGAUGGGGACUGGCUUGGGGAAGCAUCCUGGCUCCCGCAGUUCGCUGUGUAAUCAGACUCCCUCGCUCCAUUGCUCCCUUUCUUUCACGAUUUAUCGCGAUUCUUUUUUUGGAUUAGGCAGCAAUCCGUCCUCUUCCCCGUGUCCUUGAGAAACAGGUGAUCCAGCGGUCAGUGUUUGGAUGCUGUUGCCUCUCCGGCGUUUGCAGGAUGAUAGGACCGGGCGAGCCUGCAUGAGAGCAUAACUUUGCUUUGCAAGAGGGAAAACUUUUUUUUUUGUUUGUUUUUUGUUUUUUUGGGAAGGCCUUUUCAGCAGCUCACGUAGCCUUUAGAAGCAGAAGAAGUUGGUUUUAAAGCUGAACUUCAGUGGUUUUGGGAUCUCUGUGGGUGUGGGUGUCAAUUUCAAAGGCUGCUGUUUUUUUUUGUUUGGGGUUUUUUUUUUUUUUUUUUAAAGAAACUGUUGCCGGUUGGAAUAGACUUCUUAAAUGUUUGGGAUUCAAGAUACUUUAGGAAGAGGACCGAUUCUGAAAGAGAAAUCUCUCGCGUCUGAAAUGGAUCCCGUCAGGUCCUGGGUCAGAAAUGUUGGGGUUGUGGAUGCAAACGUAGCUGCACAAAGCGGCGUAGCUUUGUCCAGAGCCCACUUUGAAAAGCAGCCACCUUCCAACUUGAGGAAAUCCAAUUUCUUUCAUUUUGUCCUGGCUCUCUACGAUAGGCAGGGGCAGCCGGUGGAAAUAGAGAGGACCGCCUUUGUGGACUUCGUAGAAAAUGAUAAAGAACAAGGCAAUGAAAAGACCAAUAACGGCACACACUACAAACUUCAGCUCCUUUACAGCAAUGGUGUCAGAACUGAACAGGACCUGUUUGUUAGGCUCAUCGAUUCAGUCACGAAACAGCCCAUCACUUAUGAAGGCCAGAACAAGAAUCCAGAGAUGUGCAGAGUUCUGCUUACUCACGAAGUCAUGUGCAGCCGGUGCUGUGAAAAGAAAAGUUGCGGCAACAGAAACGAGACUCCCUCGGAUCCUGUGAUCAUCGACAGAUUCUUCUUGAAAUUUUUCCUCAAGUGCAAUCAGAAUUGUUUGAAAACAGCAGGGAACCCCAGAGACAUGAGACGUUUCCAGGUUGUGUUAUCAACAACAGUGAAUGUUGAUGGACAUGUAUUGGCAGUGUCUGACAACAUGUUUGUUCAUAACAACUCUAAACAUGGACGGAGAGCGAGGAGACUUGACCCCUCAGAAGCCACACCAUGCAUCAAAGCUAUUAGCCCAAGUGAAGGCUGGACUACAGGGGGCGCAAUGGUGAUCAUUAUAGGAGACAAUUUCUUCGAUGGGCUACAAGUUGUAUUUGGGACCAUGCUUGUAUGGAGUGAGCUUAUCACACCUCACGCUAUUCGAGUCCAGACCCCCCCUCGUCACAUUCCUGGUGUAGUCGAAGUCACACUGUCGUAUAAAUCCAAACAGUUCUGCAAAGGAGCCCCGGGCAGGUUUAUUUACACCGCUUUAAAUGAACCCACCAUCGAUUAUGGUUUCCAGAGACUGCAAAAGGUCAUCCCGAGGCAUCCCGGUGACCCAGAGAGACUAGCCAAGGAGAUGCUGUUGAAAAGAGCAGCUGACCUAGUUGAAGCACUGUAUGGAACACCACAUAAUAACCAGGAUAUUAUUCUGAAGCGGGCUGCGGACAUAGCAGAAGCAUUGUAUAGCGUCCCAAGGAAUCCCGGCCAGAUCCCUGCUUUGUCUAGUUCUCCAGCUCAUAGCAGCAUGAUGGGAAUCAACUCCUAUGGGAGCCAGUUAGGAGUCAGCAUCUCCGAGUCGACACAGGGGAACAACCAAGGUUACAUUCGUAAUACAAGCAGCAUCUCCCCUCGAGGUUACUCUUCCAGUUCAACACCUCAGCAGUCUAAUUAUAGCACCUCCAGUAAUAGCAUGAACGGCUACAGCAAUGUCCCGAUGUCUAACUUGGGAGUUCCCAGUUCACCUGGAUUCAUUAAUGGCUCUCCAACAGGAUCUCCCUAUGGAAUAAUGUCUUCAAGUCCAACAGUUGGCUCUUCCAGCGCUUCUUCCAUCCUUCCAUUCUCCUCCUCCGUCUUUCCUGCUGUCAAACAGAAGAGUGCCUUUGCCCCUGUCAUCAGGCCCCAAGGGUCUCCCUCCCCUGCCUGCUCGAGUGGCAAUGGAAAUGGGUUUAGAGCCAUGACUGGUCUUGUCGUUCCCCCGAUGUAAAAGAAGAGGACAUUUUGCUUUUUUUUUGUUUUUGUUUUUCAUUUUUCUUUUACAGCACAAAACUACUUAUUGUGAUGGACCACUUAAAAAAAAAAAGCACUACAAGCUCUUUUUUGGGGGAAAGCCACACCCGGAAAAAAUAAAAG